AACCCCAAGGAGACAACCCAAGAACCUGAAGACAAAGAGCUAUGGAGCGAUGAGAUGAAAAGAGUAGUGGCAGAAACUUCUACAAAAAAAGCAACAAACGCAAUGAAGAACCAGCAAAUAUAUCAGAAUCGAUAA